UGUCGUUUGCGCAAAGGUCGGAACUUUAACGCACCCUCUUCGGUUCUCUUGUCUCUCUUGCUUGCUUUUGAAAGUUCUUGAUCAGCGACGAGCGAGCGAGGAGAUGGCGUGGCGGAGCAGCGUUCUGAGAGCCCGUGACCAGCACCGCCGCCUUGUCCCUCGAAAUGGGUUGUCGCUCCGCGGUUCUUUCUCGACGGCCCCGUCGUCGUCGCCUGCCGCCGAUGCUCGGCCUCAGUUACCGAGGUUCGACUAUGUGCCGAAGCCGUACAAAGGGCCUUCGGGCGAUGAGAUUCUUGAGAAGCGCAAGAAGUUCCUGGGCCCUUCUCUCUUCUACUACUACCAGAAGCCCCUUAAUAUUGUUGAAGGGAAAAUGCAAUAUCUGUUUGAUGAGAACGGCAAGCGGUAUCUCGAUGCUUUUGCUGGGAUUGUUACUGUAUCUUGUGGACAUUGCCAUCCUGAAGUUCUGAAUGCUAUUGUGGAGCAAAGCAAGCUUCUGCAGCAUGCCACAACAAUAUAUUUGCACCACGCGAUUGCCGAUUUUGCCGAGGCAUUAGCAUCGAAAAUGCCGGGAAACCUAAAGGUUGUAUAUUUUGUGAAUUCUGGUUCAGAAGCAAAUGAACUGGCAAUGCUGAUGGCUCGACUAUAUAGUGGUAAUCUUGAAAUGAUCUCCUUGAGAAACGCAUACCACGGUGGCAGUUCUGGAACAAUAGGCCUCACGGCACUAAACACAUGGAAGUACUCAAUCCCGCAGGGAGAAAUUCAUCAUGUUGUGAAUCCAGAUCCAUAUCAUGGAAUCUUUGGCUCUGAUGCCAGUAUCUAUGCAAAAGAUGUGCAAGAUCAUAUUGAUUAUGGUACCUCAGGAAAAGUUGCUGGUUUUAUAGCUGAAACCAUUCAGGGAGUUGGGGGAGCUGUGGAAUUGGCCCCUGGUUACUUAAAACUGGUGUAUGACAUGGUAAGCAAGGCUGGUGGUCUUUGCAUAGCAGAUGAAGUGCAAACUGGAUUUGGUCGCACUGGGAGCCACUACUGGGGAUUUGAAACCCAGGGUGUCAUUCCAGACAUAGUCACCAUGGCAAAGGGAAUUGGCAAUGGUUUGCCAUUAGGAGCAGUGGUAACGACACCUGAGAUUGCAAGCGUGAUGGCACAGAAAAUUCAAUUCAACACUUUUGGCGGUAAUCCAGUCUGCUCUGCUGGUGGACAUGCAGUGCUUAGAGUUAUAGAUAAGGAGAAACGCCAAGAACAUUGUGCAGAUGUUGGCUCCCACUUGACUGCUCGUUUAAGGGAUCUUCAGGAGAGAUAUGAUAUCAUUGGAGAUGUAAGAGGCAGGGGCUUAAUGCUGGGCAUCGAGCUCGUCACGGACAGAAAAGAGAAGACGCCCGCUAAAGCAGAAACUGCGGUCCUAUUUGAGAAACUCAGAGAGCUUGGAGUACUGGUCGGUAAAGGUGGUUUGCAUGGAAACGUCUUCAGGAUAAAGCCCCCCAUGUGCUUUAACAAAGAUGAUGCGGAUUUCCUCGUCGAUGCUUUUGAUUAUGCCCUCUCCAAACUGUGAGCUGUUGGAAUGGUCCACAAUCUGAGAUGGCCUUAGUUCCGCCGACCCAUCAGUGAAGAAACAUUCUCAGCUGUAGCACUGCUUCGGAUGCUGCCAGUUUUUCCUGUUUCUGCUCAAUCCUAAUCUUGCAAUGUUAAUUUCAAGAAUGUUAAGCUCGUUCGUCGAUCCAUUUACUGGCACCGUUGGCCUUAACUGUAAUUGUUAUGUAGCAGAUUUUAUACCCUUUUCGUUCGUCUCUUCGAUCGUUAUAUUUAAAGGCUUCUUUCGGUAA